GUCCGAGCCCCUGGCUCGCUUCUCUUCCCCAGCCAAACCGACGGUCCUCCAGCGCUCCCCACCCAUGGCUGCCGGACCCUUCCUCCGCAAACCCCGGGGCUCCGAGCAGAUUCGCCCCGACCAAGACCCCAGCUCCGAAGGCCUGUUUGGUCAGCAGGCCCCGGAGAAGCUGGCCGCUGUCCUCGCGCCCCAGCCCGCGGCCGAAAAAGCUGGUGGGCGCGCGGGCGCGAAGGCUCCAGGCCCCCGGGAGGCUGCCGCUCGCCCCAGGCCCCGGGAGGACGUGCCUCCGCUGGACGAGGGCUGCUAUCUCGACCACUUCCCGCACCUCUCCAUCUUCAUCUACGCGGCCAUCGCCUUCUCCAUUACCUCCUGCAUCUUCACCUACAUCCAUUUACAGCUCGCCUAAGGCGCCUGGCGGGCUGGGGUGGGCUGGGCACGGACCGAGGGGGAGGGGAGCGGGGAAAGGGCUCGGCAGUUCAUGAUUAGGGGUUUAGGAGGUCCUGGCGCCACCCCCACUCCGCCUCCACCUAGCUUUCGGCAUGGCGUGCGGGCGCUGUUAGCACUUGGCUGUUUCCGGGGUCAUUCUUGGAAUCUUGGGGUGCAAUCGAACCUCGUUUGUGAUGUCCCUGGGUCCUACCACUUUGUGAGCUUGGACACACACCAGCAGGGAACCUUAUUCAUUUUGUGUUUGGGGCAACGCACAGCAACCCAGCCUUCUGUUAGAAAGGAUCCAGACCCAAGCCCACAGCCUUCUACUGAGGGCCACGCGGGGAGGGUGGAUGCCGUGGCCCGGGAUGGGCCGUGAUGCUCGCUGCUCGGCGCCCAAGGAGAGCCUGCUCGGUGCCAGAGUCGGCGCGCCCCAGACUCGG